UGAUGGUGCACCAUAAAACUGACUUGGUGGUCUCUGGGUCGUUGAAGGAGCAUUGUAAAAUGGACUCGGUGGUGUACGGGUUGUUGAUGGCCUGCGAGUUGUUGACGGUGCACCAUAAAACUGACUUGGUGGUCUCUGGGUCGUUGAAGGAGCAUUGUAAAAUGGACUCGGUGGUGUACGGGUUGUUGAUGGCCUGCGAGUUGUUGAUGGUGCACCAUAAAACUGACUUGGUGGUCUCCGGGUCGUUGAAGGAGCAUUGUAAAAUGGACUCGGUGGUGUACGGGUUGUUGAUGGCCUGCGAGUUGUUGACGGUGCACCAUAAAACUGAUUUGGUGGUCUCUGGGUUGUUGAAGGUGCAUUGUAAAAUAGGCUUGGUGGUCUCUGGGUUGUUGAAGGUGCAUUGUAAAAUAGGCUUGGUGGUCUCUGGGUCGUUGAAGGAGCAUUGUAAAAUGGACUCGGUGGUGUACGGGUUGUUGAUGGCCUGCGAGUUGUUGACGGUGCAACCAUAA